AUGUGGCCACAUAAAAAAGGUCUUGGUGUUCGAUUGAGUUACGGUGUUUAUGGAAAUGCAUUAGUUUCUAUUGACACUGUUCCUAAAGCCCAAGAUUAUUUACAACUGAAUGAGGAAACUUUUGUUUCAUCUAAUCUGGAUCAACCUUCAGAUGAGCUGGAUUUACAUACCCCAUAUAGAACUUUAUUUCCCAGGAUCAACGAAGAAGGUGAUAAACUUGAAUUUAAAUCUGAAAAGUCUACUCAAAUAGUAGAAAGUCAGACAUCGAAAUUCACUAUAAAUUCAUCUAUGUAUGAUAAUCUUCGUGUUCCAGCAAUCCCAAAAUCCACUACUACACCCAAGAGUGCUACUCAUGACUAUAUUCCUCAAGAAAUCAUACUGUCUUAUUUAGUAGAAUCCAAAACAUUAACGUCUAAUAUAGCAUAUGAUCCAAAUUGUGGAGAUAUAUUGCAAAUGUUUGAUAUGUAUGUCAAGGAACAAAAUGCAUAUGUUGAUGCAAUGGCAUUUGUCACAGGUGAAGCAACAUCAGUAUUGAACAUUGUACUAUGUGAACAUCCAGAUGAAAAAUUUGUCAUGUCAGCUGCAUACCAAUUAGAUUUCUUUGAUCCAAUUUUACAAAUACAAGUGUCUGAUAAAAGUGAUAAGAUUGCAAUAAUUGCAGUAAGAACAGCCGCAAAAGUGUUUAUAUUAAGUGCUAUGAUAUCACGAAUAGGCUAUAUCCAGGAUGUUCCAAGUAUUGAAUUACUUAUAGUAGGUGAAGUCACAGCUGAUUCAUUGAAUGGUCAUUCUUUUGCUGAUGUCAAAUUUGAUAAUAAGGAAUUCCCACAUUUGGCUAUAACUGAUAUCAAAGGAAAUUUUACAGUUUAUAAAGUAAAUAAAAAAGUGAACAACAUCAGUAUGUCCAUAUUGGAGACCAUGAAAGAAAUGGACGAUAAUGGAGAAUCAUUAUCCAGUUGGAGACGAAUAUUUUGGGUUCCAAAAGAUUCAAACAAAUUAUUAGUGCUAUCAAGACUGAAAGUGGAUGAAAUUACACUUACUGGCUCAACAGCCACUUCAAGAACCUUGAUUACUUCAAAUACAUGGUCAAGAAUUAGAGAUUUCACAGUUAUUGGUAAUUAUGGGUUCAUGUUAACAUCUAAGGAAUUGAUCUGGUUUGGUUUUACUGAUGGAAUGACAAGAUUACUUUCCUGGAAACAUUUUCUAAAUGACAAAGAUCCUUCUUUGAAAUUGACCAUCCUUAGUGGAUCAAAUACAUUUACCUGUUUGGUGUAUUCACAAAUUAACCCUUGUAUCAUUGUAUAUACAUUUGGGAUGAGAAAUGAUAAACCAUAUAGUUUGCGAGAUCCAUAUAUUCUACGAAAGACACAUGAUAAUUCUGAGUUAAGGCAGGUUAUGAUUAGGAAGGUAGGAAAAACGUUGAUUAUGUUUGAAUUAACGACGGAUUUAGCCAUACAUUCCAGGACGUUGAUUGUUGGUGGGAGUGGUGCUGUCACCUCUGGUGACAGAGACGGCUAUUCUUCACUGGCAAUAACAUCCAAUAUUGGUCAAAAUUCAAAAAUUACUGCCAAGUUUUUUAAACAAUUUUCCCAAAAACAGAUUCAGGGUUUACUAAAAAUGCUGAACACAAAACCUCAUUCUCAAGAUAUUGCAACAGAAUCACAACAAAUUGAACUGAUUCAAAAGUAUGCUUAUGAACUAGGAAGUGGGUUUGCCAGGAUUGGUGAUUCUCAAACCAAGAUUGCCAGAUAUUUUUCUUUAUUUGAUGUUUGCAGUGAUCCACCAUUUGAAAUAAGAGAUAUAUUGGAGUUGGAUGAUAUGAUUGUUCAAUUAGAACUGUCAUUACCAGCUGAUAAAUUGAAACUAAAAAGUUUGAUCAAUAAUUCUUUUAUUCAAAGAAGUAAAUUUCAAAAUGAUGCUACCACCCAAACUCACAUUAAUGAUAUUUACAAGUUGAUAAAUAAUGUUUACCUGAAGGACGAGAAUAGUCGGACUUCAAAAAUUGCUGUUUCUAUCUUACUUGGGUUGUCGCUAAUAAAGUGUCAAUAUGAAUCUAAUCUAUUUACAGAUGAACUCGAAGAAGCAAUUUCGGAAGCACCAUUACAUGUAAAGUCUUUGGUAGAACAGUGGGAUGAUGAUGAUGAUGAUGAUCAAAAUACUACACAGAGUGGGAACCAAAUUGAAACAUCUGUUAUUGAACCAACACAAGCAACUCAACAUGAUUCCCAAUUCAUGCCUUCUAUUCGAUUGAACUCUCUGAUGCAAGCACCUUCAAUGUUGACUCAAUCCUCACAAACCCAGACUCAGACUCAGACUCAAUCUCAAUCUCAAUCUCAAUCUCAGAUACCUUUACAUUCUCAACGCUUGUCAUCAUCGUCAAGAAUGCUUUCAUCACAGCUUGGAUCCUCGUCUACGGGUGUCAGAAGAAAGCGUAAAAGAAAGGGAGGUUUUGCUUAA